GACAUACAUCAAGGAAUGCCCACAUAACUGGUUUGUUCGGAAUUUUCAUCCCUUUGGGGAAUGAGUGGUGAGGUCCUGGCAGCUACCUCAGAUGAGUUAAAUGAAGAGGGUUUAAGAAGGGGCCGUUUACAGAGGUGUAGCAUCUAGAGGCUGACAUCACCCGGGGGCUGCCACCACUGCCGGGCUGAUGGGACCAGGGAGCAAGCUGUUCCUGGAAUCCACAGGGAGUAGCUGAAGCUGAACAUGGAGGUAGCCUUUGGCAGAGGACAGAUGUCAUUCCCCUAAUCCUCUAUGAUUGUCUGCAGUGGUCUCCCACUGACCAAACACUAUCUUACUGGCUCAGAGAAGCUGCAGGAAGGUGGCCGGAGACACCCGAUGCAGCCCAUCAACUCAACCUGGGUCAAUGUCAGCUGCACACGUGGCCCCCGACAGGCAUUCACUCAGCUCCUCUGCACCUGGGAGGGCCCCUUGCCAGCUGGCUAAGCAGGUUCCCAAAUGGGGAGUAAAACGCUAUGUCUCCUUUGCUCCUUUUGAGCGACAGCCUUGGGGUACACUCUGUUGGUUUUUGGAUGAGAAGCACCUCUUCCUACUCCAUGAAUAUGGUCUCCGUGGUCUCUGUUGAGCCUCCUGAGGAGCCCCCUUUUGAGUGUUCAUUUGAGCCAAACUGAUGACAAGUGCUGGGACGCUCACUCUCAGUAGACUGAGAAAUGCUCUGGAGAAUGGCAGCUUUACAGCUUCUGCUAUGCGUUACCGUCCAAGGCGGAGAAGAAUGGCGGGGUGGAGAGGCGCCCUGGACGAGUAGACGCUGGCCUCUUGAUGGCUGAGGAGCCCUGCUGGAGUCUGAGCCCUCGGUCAUGGCUACUGAAAAUUCAACCCUGGCUUAUAGCUGCCAUUUGAGGCCAGGUUCUGCUACCCGCCUUGGCCUUGCCAAGGAUUCACUGCGUGACUUCAUGGGAUGCUACAGCUGAGUCUGUCCUGGCUGGGAUUGGGGCCACUGGCAGCCUCCCCAUGGCUACUCCUGCUGGUGCUGGGGGCCUCCUGGCUCCUGGCCCGAGUCCUGGCCUGGACCUACACCUUCUAUGACACCUGCCGCCGCCUCCGAUGUUUCCCAGAGCCCCCAAAGAGGAGCUGGUUGUUGGGUCACCUGGGCCUGAUUCGGAGCUCGGAGGAAGGUCUCCUGUACACACAGGGCCUGGCAAGCACCUAUGGGGAUGUGUGCUGCUGGUGGGUGGGGCCCUGGCACGCCGUCGUCCGUAUCUUCCAUCCCACCUGCAUCAAACCUGUGCUCUUUGCUCCAGCUGCCAUCGCACCCAAGGAUAUGGUCUUCUACAGAUUCCUGAAGGCUUGGCUGGGAGAUGGGCUUUUGCUGAGUGCUGGUGACAAGUGGAGCCGCCACCGCCGUCUGCUGACACCCGCCUUCCACUUUAACAUCCUGAAGCCCUAUGUGAAGAUUUUCAGCAAGAGUGCAGACAUCAUGCACGCCAAGUGGCAGUGCCUAGCCUCAGAAGGCAACACUCGUCUGGACAUGUUUGAGCACAUCAGCCUCAUGACCCUGGACAGUCUGCAGAAAUGUGUCUUCAGUUUUGACAGCAAUUGCCAGGAGAAGCCCAGUGAAUACAUUGCUGCCAUCUUGGAGCUCAGUGCCCUGGUGACCAAACGGCAUAAUCAGCUCUUUCUGUACUUGGACUUCCUGUACCACCUCACCCCUGAUGGACGGCGCUUCCGUCGGGCCUGCCGCCUGGUGCAUGACUUCACAGACGCCAUCAUCCAGGAGAGGCGCCGCACCCUCCCUGAUCAGGGUGUUGAUGACUUUCUGGAAGCCAAGGCUACGACCAAGACCUUGGAUUUCAUCGAUGUGCUCCUGCUGACCAAGGAUGAAGAUGGGAAGAGAUUAUCAGAUGAGGACAUCAGAGCUGAGGCUGAUACCUUCAUGUUUGAGGGCCAUGACACCACAGCCAGCGGCCUCUCCUGGGUCCUGUACAACCUUGCACGCCACCCAGGGUACCAGGAUCGCUGCCGGCAGGAGGUGCAACAGCUCCUGGGGGACCGGGAGCCUAAGGAGAUUGAGUGGGACGACCUGGCCCAGCUGCCCUUCCUGACCAUGUGCAUCAAGGAGAGUCUGCGCCUGCACCCCCCAGUCACACUCAUCUCCCGCUGCUGUACCCAGGACAUUAUGCUCCCUGAUGGCCGUGUCAUCCCCAAAGGUGUUAUCUGCCUUAUCAGUGUUUUUGGAACCCAUCAUAACCCAUCCGUGUGGCCAGACCCUGAGGUCUAUAACCCCUUCCGCUUCGACCCAGAAACCGCCCAGGAGAGGUCACCUCUGGCUUUUCUCCCCUUCUCAGCGGGGCCCAGGAACUGCAUAGGGCAGACGUUCGCCAUGGCCGAGAUGAAGGUGGUGCUGGCGCUGACCCUGCUGCGCUUCCGCGUCCUGCCCGACGAGGCGGAGCCGCGCAGGAAGCCGGAGCUGAUCCUGCGGGCAGAGGGCGGACUUUGGCUGCGGGUGCAGCCGCUGGGCGCGGGCUCUCAGUGACGCCACCACCCCACACA